ACUGGGUAGCUUACCCUACUUGAUUAUAUUUACCACUCGUCUUCGUCCAUGUGAACGCACCAUUACAAGGCUCAGUUGCUAUAGCAACUUGUGCCGGUGGAAACUUGUGUUUAUUAGGUUUUUUGUUGUUGCGUUUUUCACAUGCGAUUCAUUCGUCAUCAUGAAAGCGUUCUUCAUUGUUUUUCUGUUGUUUAUCGUAAGUAGUGAUACGUUGUCGAAUCAAGUGGACGUGGACAGCAAUGGAUACAUUGUUUAUUGCCCCUGUAUGGGACGGUUCGGUAACCAGGCAGAUCACUUUCUGGGUGCUCUCGGCUUCGCCAAAGCUCUCAAUCGAACAUUUGUCAUUCCUCCCUGGGUGGAAUACAGGACUGGAGAGGCUGCUUCCAUGCAAGUCCCCUACGACACAUAUUUCAAUGUAACGGAGUUGGAAAAAUGUCAUAAAGUCAUUCUAAUGGAGAAAUUUAUGGAGGAGCUGGCACCUCUAGUGUGGCCAGCCUCACAGAGGAUAUCGUUUUGUUAUUCACCACGUGGAAGCGAGGACACCUGCAACGCCAAGGAGGGAAGCCCCUUCGGUCCCUUCUGGAACAGAUUCAACGUAGACUUCGUAGAUUCAGAGUUUUACGGGCCCUUCCACUAUGACGUGUACCACACUGAUAUUGCAAGCCAGUGGAAGAGAAAAUAUCCAUCGAUUUCCUGGCCAGUGCUGGCGUUCACUGGUGCUCCAGCGAGUUUUCCAGUGCAAUUGGAGAACAAAUACCUCCAGAAGUGCGUGGUGUGGAACGACGAAUUGCAGAAGAAGGCGAGGAAGUUUAUAAAAGAGACUUUGCCCAAGGGCGCCUUCAUCGGGAUUCACCUCAGAAAUGGAAUUGACUGGGUGAGGGCCUGCGAGUUCAUCUCAAGCACCCCCAACUUAUUUGCUGGCCCUCAGUGCCUGGGAUACAGGAAUGAGAGGGGGAAGGCAACCCCAGGAAUGUGCCUGCCUUCUUUGGAGCUCAUUCUCAAGCACAUUAAACGAGUCAUUAGGAAUGGGAAGAAUAUAAAAUCAGUCUUCGUCGCAUCUGACAGUAAUUACAUGAUUGGGGAUCUCUCGAAAGCACUUUCGAGGAUGGAAAUCACUGUGCAUAGACAGCCCGACCCAGUGUCUCCACACCUCGACCUAGCAAUUCUAGGAAGAGCUAAUUAUUUUAUAGGAAACUGUAUUUCUUCAUACAGUGCAUUUGUCGCGAGGGAACGAGAUGUCAAGGGAUAUCCAACGUUCUUCUGGGGCUUCCCUCCGGAAAGAUCAUCUACCUCAACACCACGAGAAGAAUUAUGAAAAAUUCAUUCGCCGUGAACACUAAUAUUCAUUCAUUCAAUUUUUCAUGUACAUUGUUGACGUUAAAAAUGAUUUCGACGUAAGAAUAAAGAAUUGCCAAGGAUUUUUGCUUUCGAAUGGAAGCUUUGUGA